UGCGCACAGCGCACCGCUCCUGAUUCCUGGCCUUCCCCGCCCAAUAAUUAUUUAUUUUUCUGCUUAAAUUUACUCAGAUUUUCUAUAUUUUUCUCAAAUUCAGGAGCUGUAAUCAAUUUUCCCCUCAUAUUUGACUUUCGAAUCAAGCGGUAUGAUGCGGAUAUUUCCAAGGGAUGUUCGAUUCGGAGAAGCGUUAAGAUCAUAUAGGAUUUUGAUUAUCUUGAAACUGUAGCUGAUGGUGUAAAUUGUAACAGCGAAGAAAAUGAAGAUAGGGCAUAGAUGAUAUUAGCCAGCAAACAGAUGACAUUAUUCCAGCAGAGAGAUUGCACCAGUCCAGCACAUUAUUCCAGCAGAAAAUUACACCAGUCAAGCCCCCACAUAAUUCCAGUAGAAGAUUGCACCAGUCAAGCUCACAGCUCACUGCCAUUUAUCUUUCCUUGUGUAGUAGUAUCUCUGUUCUAUAUAUAUGCUUCUAAUCCCCAUUUACAGAAUCAUCAAGGAAACAUAGUAAAAUACAGAAUAUUUUCCUUCACCUCUUCUUUUAUCAGAUGACGACGUGUUGCUGAGCCUCCGUUUGGAUAAAUAGUCGUUUUGGCUUGUUGAGGUAUCAUGAUCGUAGAGAUUACUUAUUGCUGAAUCUGCAUUCUGGUUUAUCUUGGUUGGAGUAAUGCCUGAGAUAGCAAGUCUUAUGAAAGAAAUGUCUGGAAAUGGAACGGAGUCAUCUCCAGAUGAUGAUGGCACUGUAGAGGAAAUGCCAGAGGACUCAAUUUUGUCGCGACAAACAUCUGUGAACCUUGUGCCAUUCAUUGGUCAAAGAUUUGUCUCUCAGGAUGCGGCAUAUGAAUUCUAUUGUAGCUUUGCCAAGCAAUGUGGGUUCUCUAUUAGACGCCAUCGAACUCGUGGAAAAGACGGUGUUGGCAAGGGUAUUACAAGACGGGAUUUUACAUGCCAUCGUGGUGGAUUUCCACAACUAAAGCCAUCAGAGGAUGGAAAGCUACAGAGGAAUCGAAUAUCAUCACGUUGUGGAUGUCAAGCAUACAUGAGAAUUGUUAAAAGGGAAAAUUUCGACGUCCCAGAGUGGCAUGUCACAGGUUUUAACAAUGUGCAUAACCAUGACCUUUUGAAGUUCAAUGAGGCUCAACUACUCCCUGCCUACUGCACAUUGACUGUUGAUGACAAGAGUCGUAUAUGCAUGUAUGCAAAAGCUGGGAUGUCAGUUCGGCAAAUGCUUAGGUUAAUGGAACUAGAGAAAGGUGUUAAGCUAGGUUGUUUACCAUUCACAGAGAUUGACGUUAGAAACUUGCUUCAAUCGUUCAGAAAUGUGGAGCGGGAUGAUGACCCGAUCGACCUUCUAAAAUUGUGCAAGGAGAAGAAAGACAAAGAUCCCUACUUCAAAUACAAUUUUAAGAUAGAUGCCAAUAACAGGUUAGAGCACAUUGCAUGGUCAUAUGCUUCAUCAAUCAGAUCAUAUGAAGCCUUUGGGGAUACUGUAGUUUUUGAUACUACUCAUCGCUUGGAUGCGUAUGAUAUGGUACUUGGGAUUUGGAUUGGAGUGGAAAAUCAUGGAGCAAAUUGUUUCUUUGGCUGCGUACUUCUAAGAGAUGAAAAUAUGCAGUCAUUCUCCUGGGCUCUAAAUACAUUCUUGGAAUUCAUGAAUGGAAAAGCUCCGGGAACAAUUUUAACUGAUCAAAACAUGUGGCUUAAAGAAGCACUUGCUACUGAAAUGCCAAGGACCAAACAUGCCUUUGCCUUUUGGCAUGUCAUUUCAAAGUUUCCCGAUUGGUUUUCUGUAAUACUUGGCUCGCAAUACGAUAACUGGAAAUCUGAGUUUCAUCGGCUUUAUAAUUUGCACUCAAUCGAGGAAUUUGAAGUGGGAUGGAGGGAUAUGGUUGAUGCAUAUGGACUGCAUGGAAAUAACCAUGUGGUCAGCCUGUAUGCAUUGCGCACGUAUUGGGCACUACCUUUCCUGAGAUGUUAUUUCUUUGCAGGAAUGACCAGUACAUUCCAGUCAGAAUCGAUAAACUCAUGUAUCCAACGAUUUUUGAGUGCACAAUCUGUACUUGAGAAUUUUGUCGAGCAGGUGGCUACAGUUUUAUGUGCUAAAGAUAAAGCAGGAGCAAAACAAAAGAUGCAACGGAAGAUCCCUGAAGUAUCCCUCAAAACAGGUUCCCCAAUUGAGGCGAAUGCUGCUGCUGUUCUUACACCUUAUGCCUUCUGCAAACUACAGGAGGAACUCUUAUUGGCACCCCAAUACGCAUCAUUAAUGUUAGAUGAAAAUUACUUUAUUGUGAGACACCAUACAGAAAAGGAUGGGGGGUGUAAAGUAUUAUGGAUUCCAAAUGAUGAGUUGAUCAGCUGUAACUGUAAUCACUUUGAGUUUUCAGGCAUCCUCUGCAGACAUGUUCUUCGUGUUCUCUCUAGCAACAAUUGUUUUCAGAUUCCCGACCAAUACCUGCCCAUGCGCUGGCGUGAUGUCCCCUCAUCAUUGACGAAACCUGUGCAUGCUACUUCUGGAAAAUAUCAGUUGUUGCAAUCAAUGAUUUCAACACUACUUACAGAAUCAAUUGAGACAGAAGAUCGCCUUGAUUUUGCUUGUUCUCACGUCGCUUUGGUUUUGGCCCAAAUCAAAGAAUUUCCCAUUUCAUCAGACGGUGUUAAUGAUAUUGCUUAUAACAGCCCAUCCGAUUCUCUUGUGCUUCCAGAAGUUGAAGAUUCUGAUGGCAUUGCUCAAAGUUUCAGUGGAAAUCCUCAUCAAUCUUUAGCUUUUGCAAAGUUGAAAGAGAGAGCAUGGAGAGAUGGACUUGGGGAUAUAUACAGGAAAAGAAGGCGUUCAGUUCCCUGUCGUGGUCAAUAUGGGCAGGAUGCUAGUGACUGCCCAGAGCUGGGAGGUGAUGAUUUCAAUGGAGAUGGGUCGGGGUUUUUAUAGGUUUGAUUAUAUAUUUGGUAUGCUGGAUAGACGCCACCAUAGUGGGUGAAGUUAAAAUUUUAGGCAGUACAAUAUUCUCUUGUGAAAAUGACUGGAUUUACAUAUGUUUUCGUAUAGUAUAAGUCCAAGAGCAAUAUUCUCAAUCUCCGGUUGGAAGAGUUUAAAAUUGCUUGCUUAAUCUCCACGUUAAGAAUGUAAAUCUUGAUAAUAUUUUUA